UUGAAAGAAAUUCAGAUCUUUUAAACGAGGCAUCCUUCAGAGAAACAAGGUUGCAUUAUGCAUGCAAUCUAUUAUUAAUGGUCCUGAAUCAUGUUACGACCUGACAUGGGCCCAUAUGGCCUGAUACUCUUUCUAACUUGUCCCUUACAAAUGACCACGUUCAGACAGCUGCUUUUGAAUGAGGGGUUCAAUCUUUGCGUGCUGCAGUUGAUUUCUUCUUCAUUUUGGGUUAGAUGAGAUCUGCUAUUAUUCCUGCAGGUAUGCUUUUUUAUUAAGGGGUGUUUUUUCUUUCUUCUCAUAAACACCUUGAAUUAAAAAAACAGAGAUUUUGCUUUCGUGAUUUACAGUUAAAUCCUGCGUUAUUUCUGUUGUUAAGAGCUACAUUAAUUUUAUUGAUCCUUUAAAGCGAUCCAAUUAAAACUCUUUGCUGCGCCUUCCCAAGAGUCUAUUGGCUGAGGGGUGAUCUCAGUUCUCCAGGGCCCCGCCUCCAUCUGUCAGGCUCUGCGUUGGUACAGCACCGUUGAUGCAAGUAAAAUACUGCAAUCUAACUUUCUACUUCAGGGUUGGAUGGACUUUCCCCAAAGGAAAAAAAGAGAGGCAGAAAACGAACCAGUGAGCGUAACUCGAGCAAGACGUACCCAAACUCCAACGAUUUGAGCAUUUACCCCCACUUUUCCCGAGCUCCUCUUUUUUUUUUUUUUUUUUUUUUUACAGUAUGAAGUGCAGUUAUGGCAAGGAGUAGCAAGUCAGCAGCAAGGACCCUGGAGGAUUUGACGCUAGAUUCUGGUUAUGGUGGAGCCGCAGACUCCUUCAGGUCGUCCAGUGCGUCGCUGUGCUGCUCAGAGGCACAUGGGGGUAAUUACUGGCAUUUAACCGACUCAAUGCACAGUCGACACAACAGUCUGGACACUGUUAACACGGUCCUGGUUGAGGACGCCGAGAUCCUGGAGUGCAGCGGGCAGUGCGCUAAACUACCCGAGCUUGAGGAUGUGCCGUGGAGCCUCGGGGAAGUGGCAAGCGCGCUGAACAAGGACGAGGAGAUGAGCCUUCCGACCCCCCCUCAGGACGUCCUGCUCAGGCUCUCGGUGCUGGUCAGCCGCGUCCUGGUCAGGGUCGCCAAGGAGGCGCAGCGCCUGAGCCUGCGCUACGCCAAAUGCACUAAAUACGAGAUACAAAGUGCCACAAAGAUAAUCCUGUCAUGGAGCGUCUCGAUGAGCUGCAUCGGCGCGGCCGUCAGUGCCUUGUCCAUGUACAACAUGACCACGGAGGAGGACAAGUUCAGCCGCGGCAAGUCGGCGCGCUGCGGGCUCAUCUUCAACGUGGGAAAGUUCUUCAGGUGGAUGGUGGACAGCAGGGUGGCGGUCAGGAUCCACGAGCACGCGUCCAUCUACCUGGCAGCGUGCAUGGAGAGCCUUUUCCGCGAGGUGUACGCGCGGGUGCUGCGCAGUGCGCUGCUGGAGCGCGACAACGGGAUCCCCAAGUUCACGGUGGAGCUGUUAGAGCAGGCCAUCAACGGCGACGCAGAGCUGUGGGGGUCCGUGCAGCCCUGGCAACACCUGAUCUGUGGGAAGAAUGCCAGCGGAAAAAGGCAGAGGUAUCUGCUAACAGAAGCCCUGAGCGAUGUGAGACAUCGCUCGGAAGCCCUGGGUAGGGAUGGCUGA